GCUGACUAGCCAAGAGAACCAAACCACAGCAGAAACACAGGCGAGCUAGUAAUCUCGACAAUGGCGUCUGGUGAAAAUGAUGGCGUCGUUUUGGAAAGAAAGCGAACAAUCGUAUCGGCUCUCUGUAAAUCCCGAUCUCUAGAACCUGCAAAAUUCUUGGACGAUGUGAGGAAUGACCUUAAAAGCUUGAGUGUUAGCAUCAUGAAGACUGCUCUUGAGAACAACGAGGAGUUCAACAAGUGGGUGAUCUUUGCUGAGAAUUUCCCAUCCGAUUCCAAGGGAUGUUCAGAUGGUCUGAACCAAUUAAACAAAUAUUUGACUGAUAACUCUGUUCUUGUGGGUGGCGGAUCCACACCUUCUGAAGCUGAUGUAAUUGUUUUUUCCACUGUUCAUCCGUACGUGAUUGGUCUUCCAGUCUCAGACAAGAAUAAAUUGCCACAUCUGAUGAGAUGGAUGGAUUACAUCCAGAAUAAGCAUGACUUUGGAGAUCUAUUUAAGUGGAUUGUGCUAGAGAAGGCCCCUUUCGAUCCUCCAUUGGCAAAACCGGCAGCAAAGGUGGAAGCUGAGCCAAAUACGAAAAAGGCUGUCCCAAAUGCGAAAGCAGCAACUUCAGGAGCUGGCUCUGAGAAAAAAUUUGACAUGCCAAAGAAACAAGCAACAGGAAAUACAGAAGCUGCCACAGAUAAGAAGAAAUUGCCUGAAAAGGUUCCAGAUGACAAAGAUAAAGACUUAAGUGUCAGUUUAUUAAAAAUACAGAUUGGACUCAUUCGAAAAGCAUCCAAACAUCCAUCAGCCGACAGUUUAUUAGUUGAGGAAAUAGAUGUUGGGGAGGGUAAAUGCCGGCAGGUGGUCAGUGGUCUGGCUAAGUAUUGCAGUCCGGAUGAGUUGACGAACCGUCUUGUGGCGUUAAUUACAAAUGUCAAACCUGGAAAGUUAAGAGAUGUGGUUUCAGAAGGAUUGGUGCUAUGCGCUUCAAAUGCAGAUCAUACAAAUGUAGAGCCUUUGAUCGUUCCAGAAGGGGCCAAAAUUGGUGAAUGUGUGACAUUUUCUGGGCAUGAAGGGAAGCCAGAAGACGUUUUGAACCCAAAGAAGAAACAACUUGACAAGAUCACACCGAAUCUUUUCACGGAUGAUAAGGGAGUGGCUACAUACAAGGGAGUCCCAUUUAUGACAUCUGCUGGACCAUGCACAUCUACCAUAUCCAAUGCCAGUGUCAAAUGAUGACAUGAGGAUGGGGAUGAAUGAUGAUGGCGGUUGUAGCGACACACAUCUUCGUACAACAACGAUUAUCAAGUGACAAUGACGAUUAAGAGGAUGAUGAUGACCGACUAGUGGUGUGUGUAAUCAAUACUUUCUUUUUGCUUAUCAAGAACACAAAAUAUGCUUGAGCUAUAUGAAAAUGGUUAAAUGGUUUGUACAAACAAUAUGCAUCAUGAGGGGUCCAAUUUUUUUUUU